UGCGCCCGUGGCUCCAGAGGUGCACCGUACUCCCAGAGAAAUCCCAAGAUUCUGACACAAUGAGAAAACAUCUGGGUGGAUGCUGGUUGGCCAUUGUCUGUGUCCUGCUCUUCAGCCAGCUGUCCUCAGUCAAGGCGAGAGGCAUUAAGCACAGAAUCAAGUGGAACCGGAAGGCCUUGCCAAGUACCUCCCAGGUCACGGAGGUCCACACUGCAGAGAUCCGCCCAGGGGCCUUCAUCAAGCAAGGCCGAAAGCUGGAUAUCGACUUCGGAGCUGAGGGCAAUAGGUACUACGAGGCCAACUAUUGGCAGUUCCCUGAUGGGAUCCAUUACAAUGGCUGCUCUGAGGCCAACAUCACCAAGGAGAAGUUUGUCACCAGCUGCAUCAAUGCCACCCAGGCGGUGAACCAGGAGGAACUGUCCCACGAGAAACAAGACAACAAGCUUUACCAGCGGGUCCUGUGGCGGCUGAUCAGGGAGCUCUGCUCCAUCAAGCAGUGUGAUUUUUGGUUGGAAAGGGGAGCAGGACUUCAGGUCACUCUGGACCAGCCCAUGAUGCUCUGCCUGCUGGUUUUCAUCUGGUUUAUUGUGAAGUAA